GGGCCGGCCGGAAUGGGGCGUUCGCCGGGCUCCCGCUGCCAGGCGGGCGGGCGGGCAGAGCGGUGCGGGGCUGCGGGCUGCCCCUUGCCCAAUGGCGGCACUGAAGUACGCGGGGCUGGAGGACACGGACAGCGAGGAGGAGCUGCCGCCGGGCUGGGAGGAGCGCACCACCAGGGACGGCUGGGUUUACUACGCCAAUCAUCUGGAAGAAAAAACACAGUGGGAACAUCCUAAGUCUGGGAAGAGGAAACGUGUUGCAGGAGGUCUGCCAUAUGGAUGGGAGCAGGAGACUGAUGAAAGUGGACAGGUUUAUUUUGUAGACCACAUAAACAAAAGAACUACCUAUCUUGACCCAAGAUUGGCCUUUACCGUUGAAGAUAAUCCAGUAAAGCCACCUACUAGACAAAAAUACGAUGGAAACAGUACUGCAAUGGAAAUACUUCAGGGACAUGAUUUGAGUGAAAAAGUGGUUAUAAUCACAGGAGCAAACUCAGGAAUAGGUUUUGAAACCGCAAAGUCUUUUGCGCUGCAUGGGGCUUAUGUUAUCCUGGCCUGCAGAAAUAUGUCAAGAGGCAAUGAUGCUGUACAACGCAUUCUUGGGGAAUGGCAUAAAGCCAAGGUAGAAGCAAUGACCUUAGAUCUUGCUUCUCUUCACAGUGUUCAGCAAUUUGCUGAAGCAUUCAAAUCCAAGAAUGUGCCUCUUCACAUCCUGAUCUGCAAUGCUGCCACUUUCGGUGCUCCGUGGUGCUUGACAGAGGAUGGCCUGGAGUCUACCUUCCAGGUGAAUCACUUGGGGCAUUUCUAUCUCGUCCAGCUUCUGGAAGAUGUUUUACGCAGCUCAUCUCCUUCAAGGGUCGUGGUGGUGUCCUCAGAAUCACACAGAUUUACAGAAAUUAAAGAUUCCUCUGGAAAACUCGAUUUCAGCCUGCUUUCUCCAUCUAAGAAGGAGUAUUGGGCUAUGUUGGCCUACAAUCGUUCCAAGCUUUGCAAUAUACUGUUCUCCAACGAGCUGAACCGACGCCUUUCUCCCCAUGGGGUGACGUGUAAUUCAGUCCAUCCUGGAAAUAUGAUGUACUCCUCCAUUCAUCGUAGCUGGUGGGUGUAUACCUUGCUGUUUACCUUGGCUCGACCUUUCACCAAAUCCAUGGCUAAGAUGGGAUAGUCAUUAUAAAACUACAGGAAGAGUAUGGAGGCAAAACUGUAAUCCUACCAUAGGGAAGUGGGAGUUGGUCACUACCGGGACAUCAGCCCCUUGUAUUUGGAGACAGCAAACCAGUCCCAAUGCUCUCAUCAAGUCAGAUUUCCAGCAGCAGUUAAGCAUCCCAUCCUUGUCUUCAAAGGAAGGAAUUCAGAAUAUCUGUAAACCAUGUUAGUUGUUUUUAUCGUUAAGACAAAAGUGAUUCCCAAACUUACAUGUCAUAAAAACCUAAACUCGUAAUGAUGAUGUGUAUUUUUACUUCUUGGCUCGUUUUCCAUUUGGUUCUGUCAGUUGUUACAAAAGUCUGAAUCCUCCCAUCUUCUCUAUCAUAAUUCUCUGAAUAAGCUCGAGAUUCCUGUAUAACAGCAGUAAUGAUGUGCUGUUGCCAGGAUCUCACCCUAAAACAACAUAUCUUGUUCUAAGUCCAGAACCAAUAUAAAAUGACUUUUUUACAACAGCAUUUUCAUUAUUUUAUUCUUCAAAUUAAUUGUUUUCUUUGGCAUGAAAAUACAAAAUGACCAUCAGACAACAGCCAAGUCCGAUUUAGUGGGUGAGGAAGGUGAAGCAAGCAAAUUUAUCACAGAAGGAAGAUUGAAACUGGACUGGCAACUCUGUUUUUGCCUUAUGACAAUUCAAAUUAUUCUUAGAAUACAUCUUCGUUAUAGGAUAUCUUCUUAACCUUAUCUUUUAAGGCUCAAAUGUGUGAUAAUUUAAAGUUAUGAUUUGAUACCCAGAAAAAUUUUGGGGAAAGUAAGUCUUUGCUGGCAGGCGCAUAUGAAUCUUGGCUCUGAAAUAUUCACUAAAUUUAUGACUGUUUGCCAGGCUAAUAACCUGCUGGUUGUCUGGUCAGAUCCUUUAUAAUGUGAAAAUUAUGAUCCAGUUAACAUUACUUUAUGACUACACAGGGAUAAAUAAAAACUGUCAUUUUUCUAUAUUAAAUUUAAUCUAAAUACAACACUUCUGUAGUCUUAUUUAUACAAUAUUGAAUUUUACCCUUUUAUCACUGAUAAAUGGAGUUGAAUCCUGACUAUUUUGGGUCACCACUCCAAAAACUUGUUUGUGCUUAUAGUUCUAUUUAUUUUAGAACUUCAUCUUAAAUGAACAGAGCUCGUUAAGUCUUAAAAGACACACACACACACAUAUAUACACAGGCUCCUCUAUAGGCAAUGUGCUAUGAACUUACACACUUAGCACAGUAGUGAGGAAAUUGAGACUACAGUUUAAAAAGUCAGCUUUUUUAAAGCCAACAAAUUACAUAUAUUUACUUUUCUUAUUAUUUUAUUUAUUUAUUAUUAUUAUUUAUAUAUUUCCUGGUUUUAGCAAUAUUGGGGUUAUUUGUGCCAAAGUGGUCAUGUCAGCUUUUUUUUUUUUUUUUUUUUUUUUUUGUCCUGUCUGUCCCUCACCAAGACUUCAAUCUCCCUGUUACCACAGGAAAAACUUCCUGCUUUUUUGAAGCAGACGUUUUUUGUCAUCAAUCCUGUUUGAUUCAGUCCUACACAGGUUUGAUCAAGCCACAUAUCCUCUCACUAGGAUCAAUUUUAACCAUGAAGUAUAGAUUGAAAUACCUGUGUGUGUCAAUUUGACAAAGAGAACAGAGGAUAUAUCUUUACUAGAACUGUAUCACAGUUGACAGAUUGCUCCCCCCACCUUCAAGUAUUGAUGGCAUGGAGGGAUCAUGCAUUGCUGUAGCUGCAGCCUGUCUUUGCCAUGGUAUUGCAAGAGUCCAUGAGAGUCAUCUUCUGCCAUGGUCCAGCUGGGUGUACACACUCUUUGUGUUUCUUAUUUGGAAAAUGCAUGUUUUAAAAGGCAUUAGAAAGAGCUGGAAGCAGGUUAAGUUAACAAAUUGGCAAACAAAGUGAUUGAGAGGAAGAAGCACAUAUCUUGUGCAAACGAAGAGCCUGUCCUCUUUGUAUCUCCCUUCCUACUGCUGCAAAAGCCUCUAAAUGCACUGGGAGACAGCGCUAGAAACAGCCCACAUGGUGCAUAGACUUCUUCACUGGAAAGAUCACUGUGGGACACUGGCAGCGCUCUCAGAGGUCAGAGCUUCUGCAUGGCAGCCUCUCUAAAGCUGUCACUGUCAUUGUUGUCUAACAAAGUCCAGCACCAUCCAUCUCUGCCAAGACAUGAGAGGAGGAGAAACUUUUGUUUGUUUGCUUGCUUUUAAUUACAUUUUAGAAUU